UGCUUCUUUGACAAAAAACAGCUGAUUGAAUUUUGGAAGUGCUGGCGUGUUGUAGUGGUAUUUUACCAUAUUUUACACAAAAAGGAUUCAAAAUCGAAGUACAUAUUUAAUUAAAGCUAAUCUACAUCUUGAUUCAUUCAAUAGGAAAAUCCAUAUAGGCUUUUUUAUUUAUUAAAAUAUUCCAAGUAGGCAAUUUCCCAUUUGUAGAAGUACAAAAUGUGUGAUGAUGCCGAGCAACAAGCCGAGGAGGUGGAAGUCCUGAAGUCAAUUUAUGAUGGCGACGAAGGCUUCAAACAAGUGGAUUCGAAAACCUAUCAAUACAAGUAUGUGGAUGGAGAGAAGUCAUUUAUUCUAGAAAUAACAUGGGGUCCUACAUAUCCAACAGAAAAACCCAACUUCAAUUUAGAAAUAUUUUACAAUCAACAUUUAAUACCUUCAGUGAAAGAGAAGAUCUUAUCGAUUGUGAAUGCAGAAGCAGAACAAUGGAUUGGUUGUGCGAUGACGUACACACUCUUCGAAUGUCUAAAAGAGAAGGUUCCUGAAAUAUUGGCCGAGCAGACUGAGGAGGCGAUUGUGUCUUCGAGAGUUGAGAAAAUAGUUAUUGAAGAUCAGGUGGAUACCAGCAAAAAGACAGAGAAGAAAGAACAACUAACUAAAGCUCAGAAGCGCAGAGCGUGGGACAAAGCCGAAAUCGGUCGUGGUGGAGAGAAACCCAGAGGGUGGGAUUGGGUGGACAUCGUCAAGCACCUAUCCCAGGCCCCCCACCAACCUACUCCCACCUCAUGACACUAGCCGGGCGUAGACUGAAAUGAAUACUUUCUAAAGCACGUACAAUUUUGUCCAAUGACCCCAAGCUACCCAUCCUUAUUGCUGUACCCUGCGGAACACCAGUCACGAGGUCGCGCCAGUGGGAAAUAAUUUUAUCUAAACGAACGGCCUGUUGGCGACCGCAGAGGUAGGAAGCGAACCAAUUCAUAACGACAGGUGACAUAUUGUAGCGGGAUAACAUGGAAAGGACUUCAUGGUCAACUGUGUUGAAGGCAUUAGAGAAGUCGAUGAGUGCAACAAGUGUUAGUUGGCCAUGUUCCAUUCCCAUCGUAAUGUCUCCCGUCACCUUGAGUAAUGCGGUGCUGGUGCUGUGGCCGGGCCGGAAACCAGAUUGGAAAGGACUGAGGAGGUUGUUUGUAAAGAUGAGUUUAGCAGUAAGGAUGGAUAGCUUGGGGUCAUUGGACAAAAUUCUACGUGCUCGGCGACCAGACUAUACUUAACCAGUCAGUGCCUGAUACAAGGGAGCGGCACGGGAAGGUUUUUGAGACGUUAAACCUCAGAUAUAGACCCAAUACACUGAACUGUCCCACUCGUGACAUUGACAGGGGGCGCCACCUUCAAUACCGGAUCGCUGGUGUCGAUUUUUGCCAUGUUGGAGACUAUGUAGUUGAACGAUGGUGGCGCCCCUCUGUCAAUGAGUUUAGUGGGACAAUUCAGUGUAGGUCAUAUACAUAAUAUGACAUGUAUACUGCCGUGCUAACUAUAUCAGCAGUAACUCCAAUAUUUUGCAAUAAAAAAAACUCCUGUCAGCUCAUCUAAAAUGAGCUCAUUAUAGUUUUGCCACACAAUGGAGUUACUGCUGAUAUCGCUAGUGCGGCAGUAUAUGCUUCAGAUUUGUAUUUUCUGUCACGUCUUAUUAUGCCAAUGUCAACCCUCCCGAGCCGCUUCCAUAUCUCAGGCACUGCCCAAGUUAGUGCUAGUUCUAUAAUUUCAAAUAUUCUGUUUGGUAAAUCUUCUGUAAAAACUUCUGUGGCUGUGAUCGACUUGUAUUGUUCAGUAAUAAUAUUCUAUAUUGUCUGUGUUUUGCGGUUGUAUGAUAAUAAGCCUGGUCCGUGAGCACGUAGAAUUUUGUCCAAUGACCCCAAGCUACCCAUCCUUAUCGCUCGCGCGUAAU